AUGUCAUCAUCUUUUAAACUAGUCCGUCUUGUUGCUCUUGCUCUAAUCAGUAUCCAGGCCUUCUGUAUGUGCAGUGGUAACCCAAACCCUAAUACUGAGUCAGUAACGGUACAUGUUGCCGGUUCAACAGGUACAGUUGAUUCGAUUCUCGCAUCGAGCACGAAUCAUUUCGACCGUACUGAUGAUAGGUCUGUGGUUGUUGAUGAUACAAAAUCAAUCAUCGGAUCAGAUGAUAAACAAUCCAAGACAACACUUAAGAAGAAGGUCCAAAAUGCUGCCACUGCUACUAAGAAUGCGAUCAGUUCAUCUUUCUCGUGGAUGAAAAGAAAGUUAGGCUUCAAGAAGGCCAAGAAGAUUGAGAAUCCCACUAUUGAAGCCGAUGCUAUUACGAGCCAAUCUUAA